GGCUAUGGCAACAGCAGCAGCAGUGACCGGUUGGGGGCCGGGGUCACCCGGGCAGAACUUCUUAGGCUGUAGCAUCUCAGUAAAGACGAUUAAUGGAGACUCUUUUCAAGGGGAACUCUUCUGCUACGACAUAGCGGACUCGAACUCAAUCGUGCUACGGGAACUCGUGAGUAAGGAUAGAUGCACGUAUCAUUGGAUAAAGACGAAUACUAUCCGUGAUAUCAAAGCGCUAAAGCCUCCGGUGGCUUUAGAGGCUCCCCUACCCUAUAUAGAUCUCAAAACGCUACAAUUACAAAUGACCGACGCUGAGCAUAACUUCCAAGACACCCGGGAUCGGUACGGUGUUGGUGUCACGCAACUUGCCCAGACUGUAUUUGAUCUCAUGUCUAAGACGAUGCCUUGCCGGUGGGAUGGUCAGGAUAUACUGUGUUAUACUGUUCGUAUCAAAAGCCCCUAUCAAGCUGCCAACUGUUCAGGGCCAAAUAGUAGUGAGCUCGAUCGAGUUAAGAAAGUACUAGAGCUAGAGAGGUUCAUAAUGGAAAAAGAAAAUAAAAAGCAUAGUUGACUUCGUCGUUGAUUAUGGAAAGGCUUUGAAGGUCGAAUAACGACCCGACGUGCUCAGAGUGAGGAUUCGAAAUGCUAGUAUCAGCUUAUUCACUGAGAACCAACGGUGCUGCUGUCUGCCACUGUCGUCGUCAUUCCGCGAAGUUAUUUCCACAAA